UUGUGCAAAUAAAAUAAACAAGUGUAAACGAAGCUUGCAAAAUGCGAUAUAAUUUGUUUGCCAGUGCCUUAAAAUUGCUGAAUAGCACAAAAAACCACAAUUUGUUGGUGGUAAAUGUGCGUAGUUUGACCGGCGCUGCUCAAACCAAUGAUGUAGUUACGCCAGGCACGCGUUUACCGCCAGCGGAAACGGGAAAUCCAGACGAGGAUCAGCGGUCGCUGCACAUCGCGGUGAUAGGAGUGCCCAAUGUGGGCAAAAGCACGGUCAUCAACAACACGGUGAACCACCGAGUGUGUCCCACCUCCGCCAAGGUGCACACCACUCGCCAGUCGAACACGGCCAUCUACACCACCGGUCAGACGCAGUUGGUCUUUUACGAUACACCUGGUUUGGUGACCCAGAAAGAGAUCCGGCGGCAUCACCUGGAUCAGAACUUCAAGAGCGCCUACCGCCAUGCCAUUCAACAUGCGGAUAUCAUCGCAGUGGUGCACGAUGCCUCGAAUGGAUGGACUCGGAAGGAACUGCAUCCCACGGUACUGGACACUCUGAAAGCUUACAGCAACCUGCCCAGUUUCCUGGUCCUGAACAAGAUAGAUGCCCUUAAGUCGAAGCGGUUGCUGUUGGAUCUGAUCAAGACCCUCACCAACGAUACUUUGACUGCGGGAAAGCGCGGAUCCCAAGGAACAACCCCGGUGGAUCCUGCUGCCAGGGAAAUACGGGUGAACAAGCGGGAUACCAGCUGGAGCCACUUCAGCGAUGUGUUUCUCGUAUCCGCCCUGACGGGCAGUGGUCUGCAUGAGAUGCAGAGCUAUCUGGUGGGUCAGGCCAAGCCCAGAUUGUGGAAAUACCCAGCCGACAUCCGCACAGACUCCACUCCAGAGGCUCUAAUUGUGGAGAGUGUGCGAGCCCGCCUGCUGGACUACUUGCCCCAGGAGAUUCCCUACAACCUCAAGUGCGAGCUGGAGUACUACAGUGUGGAUAAGAAUAUUAUUUAUACAUCAGUGCAAGUGCAGUGCCCAACGACGCGAAUCGAGCGACUGAUCUGCGGCGAAGCCAACGGAAAACUACGACAGAUCACGGAGAGAGUUACCUCAGACCUGGUGGAAAUGUUCGGCCAAGCGGUUUCCCUCACCAUCUCCACGGUGUCCAAGGGCAAGAAGACCGCCUCCUCGUCCUAAACAGUUGUUGAUUACUUGUACUUUAUUUGUAACGUUACAUAAACCUAAGAGUUCACAAGA